AUGUCACAGUACAUCGGUAAGACCAUCUCUUUGAUUUCUGUAACUGACAACAGAUAUGUGGGGCUGCUAGAAGAUAUCGACUCUGAAAAGGGUACCGUAACUCUGAAGGAGGUUCGCUGCUUUGGUACAGAAGGUCGAAAGAACUGGGGUCCUGAAGAGAUCUAUCCAAACCCUACAGUAUACAAUUCGGUGAAAUUCAACGGUAGCGAAGUCAAGGAUUUAAGCAUCUUAGAUGCGAACAUCAAUGACAUCCAGCCUGUUGUUCCUCAGACGAUGCCACCCGCAUCGCAAUUUUCUUCCCUUCAACAAGUUCAAUCUUCACCUCAAACUCAAACUCAAGUACAAGCGCAUUCGCCUCCUCAGGGGGCAAAGCCCGAUUCCAAUGUUCCUGCCGCAGUUACUGGAUAUGGUGUUUAUACUCCUACUUCCACAGAAACCGCUACUACUAACAUAGGUGAUAAUACCAUUUCAGAAGACGUCAGUGUAAACUCACAAAGCAGGAAUAAACGUACGGAUAGUGAACAUGAGCAAAGGUAUCAAAGAAAUAAGAAUCGAUUGACUAAUCGCCCUCCUCAAUCGAACCGUAAUUUCAAAGUCGAAAUUCCUAACGAAGAUUUUGACUUUGAAUCGAACAACGCAAAAUUCACUAAAGAAGAUUCCAAUGAUGCUGAAAAAGAACAAGAACUGGAAGCCACUGCUCGCAAACAGGACGAAUCUGAUGAAGCCUUUUACAAUAAGAAAUCAUCUUUUUUUGAUACCAUCUCCACUUCUACUGAAACUAAUACCAAUAUGAGAUGGCAAGAAGAGAAAAUGUUGAACGUUGACACUUUCGGGCAAGCUUCUGCCAGACCAAGAUUUCACUCUAGAGGUCGUGGCCGCGGUCAUGGCAGUUUCAGAGGGAAUAGAGGGGGAAGAGGAAGAGGCGGCCAUCGUGGAAACUACCAGAACAGAAAUAGCUACCAAAACAAUGGAGGGGGAUUCCAGAAUCAGAACGAUUAUCACGGUAGGUCAACCAACCAGUUCUCUCAAUCUUCUUCAAAUGUCGAGUUUUAA